AUUUUAAUUGAUUUGUAUUUUUUUGAAACAUGAAUUUUGAAUUUUGAAUUUUUGAAAAUAUCGAAAAAUUAUAGAAUAUAGGAACGAAGGAUUAAAUAAAGUUUGAAAAAGUGCAUCGGAACAGGUGUAGAAAAAUAUUAAAGGGGAGAGAGGAAGAAACCAAUAAGAGCAAUGUGAAAAAGGGCAGAAAUGGUAGAAGAGGAAGAAAAGAAAGAAGGAAAAAAGUAGUAGUACAAGAGGGAGAAAGAAAGAAAGAUAACGGGAGUGAUAAAAAAAGGAAAAGAGUGAAGAAGAAAGAAAGAAGAAAAAGAAAAAGGAAAAAGUGAGUGAGUGAGUGAGUGAGUGAGUGAGUGAGUGAGUGAGUGAGUGAGUGAGUGAGUGAGUGAGUGAGUGAGUGAGUGAGUGAGUGAGUGAGUGAAUGAGUGAGUGAGUGAGUGAGUGAGUGAGUGAGUGAGUGAGUGAGUGAGUGAGUGAGUGAGUGAGUGAAUGAGUGAGUGAGUGAGUGAGUGAGUGAGUGAGUGAGUGAGUGAGUGAGUGAGUGAGUGAGUGAGUGAGUGAGUGAGUGAGUGAGUGAGUGAGUGAGUGAAUGAGUGAGUGAGUGAGUGAAUGAGUGAGUGAGUGAGUGAGUGAGUGAGUGAGUGAGUGAGUGAGUGAGUGAGUGAGUGAGAGAGAGAGAGAGAGAGAGAGAGAGAGAGAGAGAGAGAGAGAGAGAGAGAGAGAGAGAGAGAGAGAGAGAGAGAGUAGAAGAAAAAGAAAGAAGGAAGAAAGAAAAAAGAGAAAAGAUCGACUGGAAGGAGAAGGAAAGGAGAAAAUAAAGAGAGAAGGAGGAGGAAUGGAAAACAAGGAGAAUAAGAGAGGUGGUUCCGAAGGUGUUCCAGAGGGACAAGUUUUUAGAGUGCACUUGCUUUUCUUCGUUCGGGGGCAGAGGGUGAAGAAGACAACGAUGGCCGGAUGGUGGAGCUUCGGUGGUGCUUUUCUUCUGUUUUUUACUAUUCUCCUUUCCUAUUUGUACAAGAUCAACUGGAUCAAGGAUCUAAGAUUAGAAGGUGAUAACAAAACAGUUUUAGCUAAUCACUUAGAAUCAAAGAAACGAAAAUUGGGUAAACUUCCUCCAGUUUAUCCAAACGGAUGGUUUGCCUUGUUAGAAAGUUCUCAAUUAGAUAAAGGUCAAGUGAAACAUGUGGCUGCACUUGGACAAAAUUUUGCAGUUUUCAGAACAGAUAAUGGGACAAUAAGAAUUUUAGAUGCCUACUGUCCUCAUUUGGGUGCAAAUAUGGCUGAGGGUGGACGUGUAAAAGGUGAUUGCUUAGAAUGUCCUUUUCAUGGUUGGCAAUUUCGUGGUUCUGAUGGACAAUGCAAUCACAUCCCAUAUGCCGAUAAAGUGCCACAUAUUGCUAGAACUAAAACUUGGAAAAGUUGUGAGGCUAACGAAAUUAUUUUCGUUUGGUAUCAUGCAGAGGGAUUAGAACCGAAUUGGCAACCACAAACAAUUAGCCAUGUUUUAAAUCGAACAUGGCGUUAUCAUGGACGAAAUGAAUUUCUUAUUAAUUGUCAUAUACAGGAAGUUGCAGAAAAUGGUGCUGAUUCAGCACAUCUUAGUGCAGUACAUGGUCCAGCAAUAUUUACAAAAAUUGCAAAUUUUUUUUCUUUUUUCGCUCGACAUUCAUGGACCAACGUCAAUUGGACACCACAUAUUUCUUUCUUAAGAUCCCAAGAUUUUAAAGAAAUCAAAACAAUAAAACAAGAUGAUGAAAACUUAAAGCAUAGAGCAUAUAUGACUUUAAGACAUAGUCUAAUUCUAUUUGAAAAAUUUAAACUUUUACAAUUGGAUGUAAAUGUUCAACAAAUAGGCCCGGGAUAUGUCGAACUUAUGAUGCAUACUUCUUUGGGAUCAAUGUGUAUUUUUCAGACAGUAACACCAAUGGAACCCCUUUUACAAAAGGUGACUCAUUUACUAUAUUCUCCUCCUCUACUUGGUCCAUAUGCUAGCAUGUUAUUCUUAGCAGAAUGCUUAAUGUUUGAAAGAGACGUAGCCAUUUGGAAUCGAAAGAAGUUCGAAAAACAACCCCUUUUGGUCAAAGAAGAUAAAAGCAUACUUGUUUAUCGCAGAUGGUAUGCUCAAUUUUAUUCGCAACACAGUCCAAGUUAUCAUUCUGCCAUUAAAUCUUUACAAUGGUAAAUUUUUUGUAUUGAAAAUUUUUGUAUUUUUCACGGAACUCAAAUUUUAUUAUAUAAAUUAUAAUAUUAAUGAAAAUUGAAAAAAUAAUUCAUUUAUAAUGUUAAUAAUAAAAAAUUGAAAAUAUUUACAAAGAAAGACAUGCACAAAUAUUUACAAAGAAAAUGAGAAAGGAGAAGAUGAUGUAUUUAAUCUAAAAUUCAAAUAUAUUAUAUUAUUCCUA